CAUCAAUAUUCCCUGACUGUUCCAACAGUUUCAAAGAACCUGUCGCGAUGUCUAACCGCACUAUCAUUCUAUUAUUAUUCAUUAUCAUCUCGACAGUGCCAUUGUGUCCAGGAAAGGUGCGCUCCAUUCUUAGGUCUCAUUAAACCGUCUAUUUUAUCAUCGAUCUCAUAAGAGCCUAACAGUGGCAUUGACUCGACAAGCGCGAUGGCAAGAUACUCCCACGGUUUAGUAUAGGUAAAGCCAUGAGAAAGCCGUAGGUUUGUCAAAUAGCUUGGUGUUCAUGAUAUACCUGCGGACAUCCUUGAAUGUGUCUAGCGUUGGCUUUGCAUCUUUCAAGUUAUCACUCUGUGCAGCCUUAAGCCAUCCUCCUUUGCCACCUUCAACGCUAGACAAUCACACCGAGUCUCUGUGCCACAUGCCAGACCCUCAGGGAAUUGAAUGUCCAAGAAUGAGACAUAUUGCGAGGCUAGCACCGUAACUGACAGACGAUAGCCAGGAACGUCAUUUCGAUAAACGAGUACUUCCUCAUCAUACUUCACUCCCUUAACCAGCUGCUUAGGCGUCCAAUGGACCCACGUUAGGCCCGGUAUUAUCUGGGCCUGGGAAUGAGUUCAUGUAUGCACUGGCUUUGGCUUUCACGGUAUUGAAGAAUUCGUCUUCACCGAGGGUUGUAGCUGAUGAAUCAUGGCUGCUUAUGCUUAACAUGUUUAUCAAGGUUUGAAGAUGGCAGUGGUGUAAAUUGGAUCCUCUCCGCCGUCUUUCCCAAUGAUGUUGGGUAUGGAUGUUCUGCGUGUCGGGAGUUGAGUGUCGCUGUCGACGGAUUGACAGCCGAAGUAGAAGAGCUAGUCAGUGCGGAUCCUCGUAGCUAGCUAGGUCCUCCA